CACAAACACUAAUAUAUGCGUUCACAAAGCUUCAUGUUUCGUGUUUCGGUUUUGUGAAAGACAGAAUCUACGGAAGUUGGUUUGGUUUGAUAUUUUUCGAACGUUGAUGCGCCAACAUGGCGGUUGGAAGAGGGUUCUUCGAUCAGUACUCGGUCUUCUGCGUGUUCGGGUCUGUUGUCGGAUGUGUAGUCGUACCACUGAUCACACAGUCUGUAGAGAGUGUUAUCUUUUCCGCCAUUGUCAUCAGCUUAACGGCAACUCAUCUCACUAAACGAGCCAGCAAGUCAGAAAAUUCGUCUCAGGUCAAUACGAAGGAGGUGGACAGGCGAAACAGUCGUAAAUUAAAAGACCGCGAGCGUGAACAGCUACCCCAUAUCAAAAAGAGGAAACCUGCUACACAGCAGACGCAGCAGAUUACUUCAAAGUCUUCAGAUAAUCGAAAAAAGAAACCGGAAGACCAGUUUAAACUUGAUUUGGCCAAACAGCUUGAGUUGGAACGAAAACAAGAAGAAAAGAAAGAAAAGAAGGUCAAGAAAAAGGAAGAACGAUUAAAGAGAAAGGAACAUGAAAGGGAAGAGAAGGAGAAAAGAAGAACAAAACUGAAGAUUUAUAAAGAACAGGGACAAAGAGAGAUGAAAGAGAAUCUUUCUCCUCCUACACAGAACACGCAUCCACCUCUCCAAACAGUAAAUUUUGGAAAGACGAGAAUUAGCAUUGUAAAGCCUGCAAGGAAGCUUGAAUCCUCAACUAUUCCUAAAUCACCUCCGAAAGUACCUGCUUCCCCAGUAUUAGCUACACAUGCGCAGUUCCUCUCAAGACAGCGUUCGCAAUCCGAAGGAAGUGAAGGCGAACCUUCUACUCCACCCCCGUCAGUAUGGAAAGUACCGGAAUACGUCGAGCCCAAGUGGAACCCUGGGAAACCUGAAUCAAAAACGGAUGUUGUGAACGGCCUUUAAGGACCGACUAGGCUUCGAAGCUGGACCUUUUGAUUUACAGGGCCAGCGCCAAGAAUAAUUACCACUCCAUCACGGCUUCCAAAAAUCUUGCGCGGCAUGUACAAUAGGGAUCUGGGACAAUUCAGUGCGUAGAUCUCGACUGUCAGACCUGAGGCGCGUCUCUGUAACGGUAAUUAGCAUUCCUGUAGCCCUUUCUUGACUGUUCAAGAGGUAUUCGGUCUUGUAAAUUAAAGCUUUUAUUUGUGUCGUUCACAUUGUAAGGUCAAGAUAACAGAAUUUUCAUAAUGCGAACGAUGAAACAGAACGAAGUAAUGAGAAAUUAAACAGAACGGAGAGAUUUUUGA